GUGGGAAGCGUCGCCACCAGAAAUCCCUUCUUGUUGUUCUCGUCCUCGCUGGUGGUGCACUCUCCCUAGUUGACGAAGCUUUGGUGGCGGAGGCGGCUCAAUUCCAAGUGAGAUGGGCACCAAGGCAAAGAAAGCCAUGAUAAAGAAAUCGAAAAAGGGAUCUUCUAAAUUAUCAGUUCCUGGGCAUAAAAAAGCGGCUGCAGAUUUCUUGCCAUUAGAAGGUGGUCCUGGGCAUGAACUUCCUGAGCAGGAACCACCAAAAAAUACUGGUACGGUACUGUAUAUUGGUCGGAUACCUCAUGGAUUCUAUGAGAAUGAAAUGGAAGGUUUCUUCAAGCAAUUUGGUGCUGUCAAAAGAUUAAGAAUUGCGAGGAAUAAGAAGACAGGAAAAUCAAAGCAUUUUGGCUUCAUUGAAUUUGAAUCUCCUGAGGUGGCAAAAAUUGUAGCUGAAUGUAUGCAUAAUCACCUGUUGUUCGAACACAUCUUGCAAGUUCAUGUUGUUCCUCCAGAGCAUGUUCAUCCAAAAUUAUGGAAAGGUGUAAAUCGUCUAUAUAAGCCACUGGACAGGGUUCAAAUUGAACGAAAACGACAGAACAAGGAAAGAACAUUGGAAAAGCAGAAGAAAUUGGUGGAAGGAAUUGGGAAACGAGAUCAGAAGCGGCGUAAGAGGAUAGAGGCUGCUGGUAUUGAUUAUGAGUGCCCAGAAAUAGUGGGUAUUAGCCGACCCGCUUCAAAGAAGAUUAGAUUUGAUGAAGAAUAGGCGACAGGCUUCGAUGACUGUAGAAGUAUGUAUGCUGUUUUGAUAUUGUCAUCAGGAUGUCACAUUGGUCUCUCUCGCUGUUUCUCCCUCAUAUUAGAUUGGAUUUUGGAGAUGGAGAAACAGAGAAGUGGCAAGUGUAGAAGCAGAGUCGGUGAUGAUUGAAUUAGAAAUGGAUCUUCAAAUCAAAUUUGUCCCUUUUGUUGGUUUUCUUUUUGAAAUGGAGCGUGUUGAUUAGGAUGAAUGCGUGAUGAACAAGGUGUUCAAUUUUAACUACAAUGAAUUUAAGCAUAGUUGAUGAAAUGUUUUUAGGUCCUCAGAUGGUGUGCUUUUGCAAUGCAAUUUUGAAUCUUUUUUAUUUUA